UGGGCUGGAGGUUGAACAAACAGAGCAGCAGAAAAGGUAGCUGUUCUCUGGUUCUCUUCCUCUGUCUCCUGCCUCUCCCUCCCUUUCCCAGGCAUCAGAGCAGAGAGCAGGAGAGCACAGAACCCAGCACACCAGGCUCACGGCUAGAAGCCCUGCCAUGGCACCCUCAAGGCCCCUUCUGAUGCUGGCACUGCUGACAUUGUUUGCUCUGUCUGACCAAGAGUCAUGCAAGGGCCGCUGCCUCGAGGGCUUCAACACCGACCGGAAGUGUCAGUGUGACGAGCUGUGCUCUUACUACCGGAGCUGCUGCGCUGACUACAUGGCUGAGUGCAAGCCGAAAGUGACUCGCGGGGACAUAUUCACUCUGCCAGAAGAUGAGUACGGGGCCUUCGACUAUUUCGAGAGGACCAAAGAUGACACCAGUGUCUCUGUGCAGCCAGAGGACACCACCCUCAGCUCUGGCGGGCACACUGAGUCUGAAAUGACUCCAGAGCAGGCAACUUUGCAAGAUCUCGAGGAAAAGGUCCCGGGACCAGAACAGGGGGACCCAGCGCCUGAGAGUACUGGUCAAGGGAUCUCCGAGUCCUCAGCAGAGGAGCUGUGCAGUGGGAAGCCCUUUGAUGCCUUCACUGACCUCAAGAAUGGCUCCCUCUUUGCCUUCCGAGGGAAAUACUGCUAUGAGCUGGAUGAAAAGGCAGUGAGGCCUGGGUAUCCCAAGCUCAUCCAAGACGUCUGGGGUAUAGAAGGUCCCAUUGAUGCUGCCUUCACCCGCAUCAACUGUCAGGGGAAGACCUACCUCUUUAAGGGAAGUCAGUACUGGCGCUUCGAGGAUGGUGUCCUGGACCCCGAGUUCCCCCGCAGCAUUUCUAGCGGCUUCAAGGGCAUUCCGGACAAUGUGGAUGCAGCCUUAGCCCUCCCUGCUCACAGCUACAGUGGACGAGAGCGGGUCUACUUCUUCAAGGGGAAACAGUACUGGGAGUACGAGUUCCAGCACCAGCCCAGCCAGAAGGAGUGUGAAGACAGCUCCCUGUCAGCCGUGUUUGAACACUUUGCCCUGCUUCAGCGGGACAGCUGGGAGAGCAUCUUUGAGUUUCUCUUCUGGGGCAGAUCCCCUGGUGGUGCCACAGAGCCCCGGUUCAUCAGCCAGGACUGGCAUGGCGUGCCUGAGCAAGUGGAUGCGGCCAUGGCUGGCAGGAUCUACAUCUCAGGCCCGGCCCCCCGCUCCUCCCGGCUCCAGAAUGCUAAGCCUAAGCGUCGCAGCCGUAAAAACUACCUUUCACACCGUGACCGCAGCCGUGGCCACAGCCAGAAGUCCCUUCGGAAGUCCCGUUCAACCUGGUUGUCCUUGUUCUCCAGUGAGGAGAGUGACCUUGGAAACUACAACGAUAAUUAUGCCUGGCUUGUGCCAUCCAAAUGCGAGCCCAUCCAGAGCCUCUACUUCUUCUCAGGAGACAAGUACUACCGAGUCAACCUUCGCACUCAGCGAGUGGACACUGUGAGCCCUCCCUACCCACGUAACAUCGCCCAGUACUGGUUGGGCUGCCCAGCCCCUGGUCACUAGUAGGAGUCCGAGCUAGUGUAGCUGGCCCUCCUCUACUGCUCCCUCGCCCAACCUCCUCCUCCUCCCAGCUCAAUAAAGAUCCCUUGGCCCCGAG